CCGUUACAAGAAAUUGCAGUAAGAAAAUUGCAAUUCGUUAAUUGUCGCACAAGCGUUUAGCAGUUACAUAACAACCUAAGCAAAAAUGGCUCUUCCCGAUGGACUGUCAAAUAAAAUGAAGGUUUUCCAGGCUGUCAACGAGCUACCCGUUUUUUUGAAAGGCGGACCAGCGGACAAGAUUUUGUUUGGCAUAACUGCUGGACUGUGCGGCGUCGGCAUUCUAAGCUUUGUCCAUUUGGUCUACACAAUGGGGUUCUCCAAGAAAAAGGCAUAAAUUAAGUGACCAAAUAUUUCUUUGAUUAAAGAGACACAUAUGUAAUUAA